AUGCGUUCCGCAAUUCUUGUCGUCUCAUCCCUGGCCACUGUUGCCCUGGGUGCCAAUUCCACUUACACUUACACCUUCCCCGCCGGUUUCAACAUCGGUCAGGUGGAUAGCAGCGAGCGCAGCGCCUGGUGUUCUGCCCAGCGUAACACUUGCCCCGAGGUCUGCCAGCAGGGUACCAAGCUCAACUCCUGCGAUGCGACUACCCUGCAAUUCAGCUGUGUGUGCACUGAUGACUCCACUCCCGACGUGUCCCAGUAUUUGCAGACCGUUCCAUUCUACGUCUGCCAGGAUACCUACCGCCAGUGCAUCGCGUCGCACCCCGACGAUGCCACAGGCCAGCGCGCCUGCAAGGCAAGCAUGAACUGCGGCACCAAGAACGCCACCGAGACCACCACCACCUCUUCUUCUUCGUCGUCUUCCGUCUCAUCGACCACCAUGGCUGUGGCCACUUCGACUGACUCUUCCGCCACCUCGACUUCCUCCGUCGCGGCGGCUAGCACCACCACUGCCAACGCCGCUGUCGCGCUCGGUGAUCUGACCCAGUACUCCACUGGUCUCAUGGCUGGCCUCAUGUUCGUGGCUGCCCGCAUGGUCCUGUAA